AUGACGGUGUUGUUGGACUCGGCCGGCGGCCACGUCAAAAAAUACUAUCAACAGUACCUAUUCAAGGCUAUGCGCGCGCGCUCUCUCUCUCUCUCUCUCUCUCGUUUAUAAGCGCUGUUAAUCCGACAUAAUCAUCCUUUCCUGAUACCGAGUCGAUCUCUGCACUUACUAACGCCCCUCACUCUCAGUAGUCAGUACCCCACCAUGUCCGAGUCAAAUAACCCUGACUCAGCUUCCAGUCCCAACGCUUCUCGUAUUACUUCCAACAGCAAAACCUCAUGCUCAUGGCUUUUCACCUCUUUCAUGACGGUACUGGUCCCCGUUGUGGCGGCGAGCAUUCUGUACAACCUCGACUCGUUCGACCCGGCUCCACUGCCCGAUCUGUUGACUCGGCACGCCAUAGCCGCGCCGGCGAGCAACAAGCGCAUGCUCCGUGGAGCGGAGCUGGUGGGCGUGGGGAACUUGGAGGGACCAGAAGAUGUUGCUUAUGAUCGCAGCUCCGGAGUCAUCUACACGGGCUGUGCUGACGGCUGGAUAAACAGAGUCAACGUGAACGACUCCGAGGUGCAGAAGUGGAUCAACACCGGCGGCAGACCUCUGGGAAUAGCCGUCGACGGACUUAAACAGGAAGUUGUGGUUGCCGAUGCAAAAAGGGGCCUACUGAAGGUGACGGCAAAGGGCAAAGUGGACGUGUUGACAGAUGAGGCUGAGGGACAAAAGUUUAGAACCACAGAUGCUGUAGAUGUUGCACAGAAUGGCAUUGUUUAUUUUAGUGAUGCUUCCUAUAAAUAUAGUUUAGAUGAGUCCGUUUGGGAUAUAUUGGAGGGUAAGCUCCAUGGUAGACUUCUGAGUUAUGAUCCAACUACCAAAACCACCCAGGUGCUGCUCCCCAAUCUUUACUUUGCUAAUGGAGUUGCUGUCUCCCCUGAUCAAAAUCAUGUCAUCUUUUGCGAAACAACAGCGAGAAGGUGUAGAAAAUAUCAUAUUAGUGGCAACGAAAAAGGAAAAGUCGACAAGUUUAUCGAAAAUCUACCAGGCAUGCCUGAUAACAUCCGAUAUGAUGGAGAAGGCCACUACUGGAUUGCACUGGCACAGGAAUAUACGCUUUUAUGGUAUUUAACAUUCAAAUAUCCUCUCAUCCGAAAGUUUGCAGCAAUUGCGCUAAAGUACAUUGGGCGACCAUAUUUGGGGAGGUCUGGAGGGGUUCUGGCUGUUGACUUGGCAGGAAAACCAAUUGCUUACUACUAUGAUCCUGAACUGCCUAUGCUCACAAGUGCGAUGAAGAUAGGAGGUCAUCUGUAUUGCGGUUCCCUUGUUGCCCCCUACAUUAUCAGCCUCAACCUGAAACAAUAUCCUGCCGUAUAAAAACAAGAUAUUGUACUUCUUGAUAGUUGGCACCCUUACAAUAAUCGGCUAGAUGCUCUUGAUCAACCUGUAACUUUGCACAUGGUUCUGGCUCUCAGUUGAUGUGUUUGUACGUGGGUUGGAGACUAGAUAAUGAAUUAGUGAACCCAAUCACUAUGUUUGUUCUUGAAUUAAAGAAGAACAAAGAAAGAAAAUUAAUAUUUAAGAGAAAUUGGCAUGCUUCAACAUUUUGUUA